AUGAGUGCAGAGCAACCAGAAUCAUAUCCUCCUAACCAGCAGCCUCCUCAAAAUCAAGGCCAGCCAGCUUAUUUUCCAAUGGGCCAAGCUCCUUAUCAACCUCAGGGAGCUGGAAUGCCUCCUCAAUAUCAAAAUUACCCACCUCAAGCUUAUUCACAACAUCCUCCUUAUCAGCCUUAUCCAGGCAAUCAACCAUAUGGGCCUGGCCAACCUUAUCCUUAUCAGCCUAAUCAGGCUUAUCCAGGUCAGCCAAUAUAUAAUGCUCAGCCUGCCGCUCCAUCUGCUGUUAUAAUUGAAUCCACAGUAAUCACUACUCGUGUGUAUGGAUUUGAGCCAAUUCAAGUAACUUGUCCAUACUGUCAUCACACAGCAUUAACAAGAAUUGAAAGGACUCCUGGAAUGAUGGUUUGAAUGAUGUGCCUUAUUUUACUUUGCCUAUUUCCAUUCUGUUCAUGCUUGCCUUUUUGUAUUCCGAGCUUAUUUGAUGUAAAUCACUACUGUGGGCAUUGUUCCAAGAGAUUAGGAAUCAGAAGAGCUUUAUAA